GGCGUUUCCAGGAAGAGAGUGGUUACAUUUUCCUGUAAUGGCGGACCAGACAGAGAGCGAGGCUAUCGGGUUCAGCGACAACAGAAUGGUGCAGCAGGCAGUGCGGUUCCGCGGCCCUGCGCCUGCACCUGCGCCUUCCCAGACCCCAGUGUUACGAGGUCCACCGCCACUCCUUAGGCCACCGCCACCUCCUUUUGGGAUGAUGAGGGGACCCCCGCCACGACCACCAUUUGCACGUCCACCCUUUGACCCCAACAUGCCGCCUAUCCCACCACCUGGAAGCAUGCCACCACCCAUAGGACCUCCCCAUCUACAGAGACCUCCAUUCCUCCCCCCUCCCAUGGGGAACCUUCCGCCUCCUCCAGGGAUGCUGUUUCCUCCUGGGAUGCCCCCUGUUAUUGCAUCUGGAGCCCCUGCAGAGGAAAUCUGGGUAGAGAACAAGACGCCAGAGGGAAAGGCAUAUUACUACAACGCCAGGACCAGAGAGUCAUCGUGGAGUAAACCGGAUGGUGUGAAGAUCAUCCAGCAGUCUGAACUUAACCCUCUUCUUGUAGCGGGGUCAGGUCCGAAUGUGGGGGUGACUGCCGCUGGCAGCUCAAGCAGUGUCAACACUACAGCUAGUACAGCUGCCCUCUCGACUCAGGCCCUCUCCACAACCCCCUCCCGCACACACUCCUCCAGUCCAGACUCCACCCACUCCCCCUCUGUGACUAUUUCAGCCACUGUUGUAGCAGACCUACCCCCUGUCGCCACAGUGUCCUCAACUGUCGCUGUGUCUCCAGUCACUGUGGUAACUGUUUCAACGGUGCCGUCACCUGUUACGGCGGUGCAGACCAUGUCACUGCUGCCUGCAGCCCUGCCUCACAAUGUUGGCCAGCCCAACGCAGCCCUACCCGCCUUCCCCCCUGUCAUGGUGCCUCCUUUCAGGGUGCCCCUGCCGGGCAUGCACAUCCCUCUACCAGUAAUAGAGAGGCGAAGUCCCUCCCUUUCCAGUGGACCACCAUGGGACCUUAUUUCGGGGAAAAUAUGUGUAGCAAUGAUGCAGAUAGUAGGUGCACCCUGUGUAAAGGCAGGCCCCGGCCCCAACGGCAUGCUUCCUGGCAUGGGCCCGCCUUUAGUUUCGAUGAUGCACCCUCAGCUGGCUCUCUCGGCAGCUCCUGCCUCCAUGGCCGGGUCAAUGCACCUCCCCGAGUGGUCAGAGUACAAAACAGCUGAUGGGAAAACGUACUACUACAACAACCGAACACUGGAGUCCACCUGGGAGAAACCACCCGCCCUGGUGGAGAAAGAAAGAGAAGCAGAAAGACUCAAGGAGCGUCUGGCCCAGGAGGAAGCUGAGGCAAUGGAGAUGGAGGACGAAGAGAACAAAAUGGAAAACGCUAAUAAUGAGAAGGAGGAGCCUAAAGAAGAAGAGAUGACUGAGGAGGAAAAAGCCGCUCAGAAAGCCAGGCCUGUAGCCACCAACCCUAUCCCUGGCACUCCAUGGUGCGUGGUGUGGACGGGGGAUGAUCGCGUUUUCUUCUAUAACCCGACAACACGGCUGUCCAUGUGGGACCGGCCGGAGGAGCUGGUUGGUCGAGCUGAUGUCGACAAGCACAUCCAGGAGCCGCCGCACAAGAGAGGCUUGGAGGACGUCAAGAAGACAGUCACAGGUGUCAAUAAGGAGGAACCAGAAUUAGCCAUUGCUACUGAAGAAAAUCAGGAUGAGGAGCCAACCAAAGCCAAAAAGAGGAAGAAGGAGGAGGUGAAGGAGGCAGACUCUGAGAAGGAAGCAGUAAUGGAGGCAGAGCUCAGAGCUGCCAGAGAAAGAGCUAUAGUGCCGCUAGAGGCCCGGAUGACCCAGUUCAGAGAAAUGCUGCUGGAGAGAGGGGUGUCUGCAUUCUCGACUUGGGACAAAGAGCUUCACAAGAUUGUGUUUGACCCACGUUACCUUCUGCUCAACCCAAAAGAGAGGAAACAGGUGUUUGAUCAGUAUGUGAAGACGCGAGCGGAGGAGGAGAGGAAGGAGAAGAAGAACAAGCUGAUGCAGGCCAAAGACGAGUUCAGGAGGAUGAUGGAGGACGCAAAGUUCACACCAAGAACAACGUUUAGUGAAUUUGCAGUAAAGCACGGCAGAGACCCGCGAUUUAAGACCAUAGAGAAGAUGAAGGACAGGGAGGCCAUCUUCGUGGAAUUCAUCACCGCUCUGAGGAAGAGAGAGAAAGAGGACUCCAAGUCCAGAGGAGAGAAGGUGAAGCUAGACUUCUAUGAUCUCCUAAGUGAGCAGCACAUGGAGGGAAGCCAGCGGUGGAGCAAAGUGAAAGAGAGACUCGAGACUGACCCACGAUACAAGGCUGUGGAGAGCUCCGCACUCAGAGAAGAACUUUUCAAACAGUACAUGGAAAAACAAGCCAAGAGCGUGGACAUCGAUAAGGAGCGAGACUUGGAGCGGCAGGCUCGUAUCGAGGCCAGUCUCAGAGAGAGGGAGCGGGAGGUGCAGAAGGCCCGAUCAGAACAGACCAAAGAGAUCGACCGAGAGAGGGAGCAGCACAAGAGGGAGGAGGCCAUCCAGCAUUUCAAAGCUCUCAUGUCUGAUAUGGUACGGUCUUCAGAUGCAACGUGGUCAGACACUCGUCGCAACCUGCGGAAGGACCAUCGCUGGGAGUCGGCGUCGCUGCUCGAGAGAGAGGAGAAGGAGAAGCUGUUUAACGAACACGUAGAAGCACUGGCCAAGAAAAAGAAAGAACAUUUCAGGCAGCUACUCGAUGAGACCAGCAUGAUCACUCUGACAACCACAUGGAAGGAGGUGAAGAAGAUUAUCAAGGAGGACCCUCGCUGCAUUAAGUUCUCCUCCAGUGACAGAAAGAGACAGCGGGAGUUUGAAGAUUACAUCAAAGACAAGUACAUCACAGCCAAAGCUGAUUUCAGAACUCUGCUGAAGGAGACAAAGUUCAUCACAUACAGGUCGAGAAAGCUGAUCCAGGAGUCAGAGCAGCAUCUGAAGGAUGUGGAGAAGAUCCUUCAGAACGACAAGCGGUACCUCGUUCUGGAGUGUGUCCCCGAGGAGCGCAGGAAGCUCAUCAUGUUCUACAUUGAAGACCUGGAUCGCCGUGGCCCACCACCUCCCCCUACUGCCUCUGAGCCCACCCGACGCUCCACCAAGUGACUGAUCACAUCAUCUUCUUGGCCGGUUCCUACUCCUCCUUGCCUUCCCUUUGGCCAGAGCAUGAUCUCCCCUGAACUCCCCCCUGAACCCCUCCCUUCAGGCCCACGGCUGGCCUCGCAGUGUUAUUGCUGGGGCUCAUGUUGCUUAGAGAUGUACCAUAGAGAUGUACGGUUAAGAUCUCUGUGUUAUGUCACCACUUAGCCCUGAAAUAGCCUUGCAUUUAAGGCAACAGCAGGAAACCGAGGUUACCUGAUCGCAAGGUGACCCUUGAGCCCUCGACUCUGACUUACCACAUUAGAGGGAGAGGGAGAGGGAUAGUGAUAAGGCUGCUGCCCGAGCAGCCACAGAGAGGUGUAAGAUAGCUGAUGUAAAUGAAGAUGAGUGUGUGUGAGAAUGCGUCCGUGUGUCUGUGUGUGCAUGAGUGCGUGUGUGUGUGUGCAUGUGUCUGAGGCGUCCUUAAGCCUUACUGCUCCACUUUGCCAGUCAUUGUUUCAGCGGCUCAGUGUGAAUGUUAGUUUCUGCUCAGUGGUUUACUCCGAUGUUGCAGCAGUUUCUCUGUUGAAUGAAAUAAAGACAACUUCCACUGUUUUUCAA